AUGCAUAAGUUGCGUCGCUUAAGGAGACGUGUGGCUCAAGUUGACAUUCAUAGCGAAGACGAAGAUGAGUCCGAAGUGACUCGGGAAGAACUUGAUCUUAGUGAUCUGUCUGGCUCCGAAGCAAGUUGUGAAGACUCGGAUAUUGAAAGUGAAGCCUCCCAUAGUGAUGGUGAAGAGGAAAUUGUAAAGGAACAGUUGACUUCUUCGACCGAGGUUUUAAGUUCAACUAAGGGCACCAGCACUAUUACAGCUGAAGAGACAAAAUCUCUGCCCGAAGAAAAAGGUUCCUUGAUCGAAGACACGACCUCUACUAAUGUUACAGAAAAAAAAGAAACUCCAAUAGUUUCUAAUUCCUCUAAACUCCCUGACAAAGACGAACAGGAUAACAUUUCUGAUCCAACUAAAGAAACUAUACGUAACGAAAAUAGUUCUACAGUCGAAAUUCAUUCUGGGGCGGAAAACGAAAAGCAUACAGAAGAUCCUGAUGCAUCUAAGGAAACCCCCAAGGUUCUGAUGGGCUGGCAAAAAAAAUUAUUGGCAAGGCAAGAAUAUCGCAAGAAGCUUGCCGAAGAUCCGGCCUUCGUACCUCACCUAGGAGAGUUUUGGGGUCACGAUGAUCGUUUCACGAAAGAUGAAUUGAAAAAUGAUUUUGAUCCACGUCCUCGAAAUAUGCAUUUUGGCCCAAAGGGCAGAGCAGUGUGGGGAAAUUCUCCACCAAAAGGGCGUUGGGGUCACGAUGGUUUCGAGGAACUAAUGCGACUCGACGAAGAAGAAAGGCGUCAUAAAGAGUUUCAACGAAGAGUGCAACAACGUCGGAAUUAUGGUUACAUGGCUGAUCGUCGACGGUCACCUAUACGUAAAAAUUUACAACCAUCAAGGGUCGAUCAAAAUCGACCGUCGAACUUUUCAUCCGGGAGAAAAAAAUCUUAUAAAGAACAAUCUGUCGAAUUUGGAUCAAAAAAAUCAUUUUCUACGAGGUCUCAGGAUAAAAAUAAUGGAGAGGAAGGAAAGCAUACGCGUGACAUUGGAUCAUCAACUCUGGAGAAUAAAACGAAAAAUGAGGUCGAAGGAAAUGAUACAUCACGCCAAAAAUUACAUAAAAACACAAGUGACGUUCGCGGCAGGGGUUAUAGUAAAAAUCCCUUGCGACCACACAUGAAUCGUGUUCACGCAAAUUAUAGUCAGGGUCAUGGUGCAGGCGAUGGUGAAAAGAAUCUAGACGAUGCAAAUCGUAAUAAAACUGUUGAAGUGAAAAGUGAACCCAAGCAAGAUGAUGUCCAAGAAGCUGAUGCGGUCAAGCAACAUGUUAUUGCUAAGAAUGACGAUGCAGGGAUUGGAGAGGUGGCACCAACAAUCGUCAUAUCAGCUGAGACAGAUGUAAAAGAUGUCACAUCGGAAAACGGGGUGAAAUUGGGACUAUCAAUAAAUGAACAUGAGGGAGUAACUGAGGAUUCCGAUGAAGAAUCUGAAGUAGAGAUAAUUUUAGAUCCUCCAAGUAGCAGUGCAAUUGGGAAACAAGAAUCUUCAAAUGAAUCAUCAUCGGAGAAAAAAUCCGCAGAACAUCAGGAAAAAGAACGUUCUCAAACGACCACAGCUUCUAAGCGAUACUCAACGAGAAGGGUUGCCACAAUCACAGCGCAAAAUACCCAAACACCCGAAACAGAAAGGAAUGACAGCACAUCAAAAACUACUGCUACUACUGCUACCGAAAACACAGACACAACCACCGCAAAAAAAAGCGAGAUUCCAUUAUCAGCGGUUUACGCACCACCCUUCAAACCGAGAUCUAUGGCACACACAGAGGAAAAUGUUAUUGGGGAAGAAGCCAAUGAAAGCGAUCUUCCCCCCCUGCAAACACAAGAAACACCUAUGGGAUAUUAUGCCCAAGCUAGAGCACCGCCAAUUUUUCCUCCUCCCCCCCCACCGCCUAUUCCAUUUGCUGCUGAAAGUAAUGGCAUGGUCUAUUAUUUUGGCCCCAGCGUGUAUUAUAGUUAUGGGAAUCAUAAUGGCGUUUAUUACUAUCCAGCAUAUUAUCAAUAA